AUGUCAGCUCACGAGGAUGGAGCAAAACGGGAUCGACUCCGGGUCCCGGAGCUGCGUCGGCACGGCUUCUUCCAGCUCCAGCAGUUCGACUGGCAAGGACUGAAGGAGUUGCGGAUCGAGCCGCCCUUCGUGCCACAGGCCAUGGAUGGCCUUGCGAACUUCCGGCGCUGCGAUGAGGAACCGGACGCCAUGCCAUACCAGGUGACAAAUGCCGCCUUGGAGAUGGGCUUUGAAUUUUUUGAGUGGGACGUCGAUGUCGAUCCCUGCGACUUGGCAGCCUUUUUCAUAGAGUCGUUAAGAGGGGGGGCAACAAGCAUUACUGCAAGUUCAUGGCAGCUUUAG